CUCACGCUGUCAUCUAGUGUUAUGACUGCAUCCUGUCACAGAAGCUGUCAUAGCUUCCACCAUCUCACACUGGUAUUGUAUGUGACACUGUCAUCCCCACUACUAUACAGAUUUGCCCACACGGUGGCACGUAGUCCGGGCAUCCACUCUGCACCUUGCCAGGAACAGAAUUCUGCAGCCCACAAAGCCCACCGCGCGCAGCCAUGACCAGCAAGGGGCGCGAGGCUGAGCACCCGUCCGUGACGCUCUUCCGCCAGUACCUGCGCAUCCGCACCGUGCAACCCCAGCCGGACUACGGGGCAGCUGUGGCCUUUCUUGAGGAGAGAGCCUGCCAGCUGGGCCUGAGCUGUCAGAAAGUAGAGGUGGCGCCUGGCCAUGUGGUGACCGUGCUGACCUGGCCAGGCACCAACCCUAGACUAUCGUCCCUUUUGCUCAACUCCCACACGGAUGUGGUACCAGUCUUCAAGGAACACUGGAGCCAUGACCCCUUUGAGGCCGUCAAGGAUGCUGAGGGCUACAUCUAUGCCAGGGGUGCCCAGGACAUGAAGUGUGUCAGCAUCCAAUACCUGGAAGCUGUGAGGAGGCUGAAGGCUGAGGGCCACCAUUUCCCCAGAACUAUCCACAUGACCUUUGUGCCAGAUGAGGAGGUUGGGGGUCACCAAGGCAUGGAGCUAUUUGUGCAGCGACCCGAGUUCCAGGCCCUGAGGGCUGGCUUUGCCCUGGAUGAGGGUUUGGCCAACCCCACUGAUGCCUUUACUGUCUUUUACAGCGAGCGGAGCCCCUGGUGGGUGCGGGUUACCAGCACUGGGAAUCCAGGCCAUGGUUCACGCUUCAUCGAGGACACUGCCGCGGAGAAGCUGCACAAGGUUGUGAGCUCCAUCAUGGCAUUCCGAGAGAAGGAGAAGCAGAGGCUGCAGUCAAACCCCCACUUGACAGAGGGGGCUGUGACCUGUGUGAACCUGACUAAGCUGGAAGGUGGCGUGGCCUAUAACGUGGUACCUGCCACUAUGAGCGCCAGCUUUGACUUCCGUGUGGCACCCGAUGUGGACUUGAAGGCUUUUGAGGAGCAGCUGCACAGCUGGUGCCAGGCAGCUGGCGAGGGGGUCACCUUCGAGUUUGUUCAGAAGUGGACAGAACCCCGAAUGACAUCUACCGAAGACUCAGACCCCUGGUGGGCAGCAUUCAGUGGGGUCUGCAAGGACAUGAACCUCACUCUAGAACCGAAGAUCUUCCCUGCUGCCACAGACAGCCGAUAUAUCCGCGCGGUGGGGAUCCCGGCACUGGGCUUCUCACCCAUGAACCGCACACCUGUGCUGCUGCAUGACCAUGACGAGCGGCUGCACGAGGCUGUAUUCCUCCGUGGGAUUGACAUAUACACACGGCUACUGCCUGCCCUGGCCAGCGUCCCUGCCCUCCCCAGUGAUAAGUGAGCACCAUGCUCCCCCCCACCCCUGAGCUACCACCCUGACCAGUGCCAAAGACCCCUCUCUCCCCCACUGUCCAACAAUAAAGUCUGUGUGGACAGGGGACACCUCUGAAGUACUCAC